UAGCCCAAAUAGAGGUGACGUUGCUUAUGACAUUUAUUAACUGGGUGCCUACGUGUACCGUGCUUUUUAAGUCGUGUCAAUCUCAUUUGUAGAAGUGGUAUAUAGUGUGAAAGUUAGAAGUUGCGAUUCUGUUGAACACUGCUUUUUGUUUUGCUCAUUCCAACGGUGUAUACUAAACUUUCAUUGUUCUCUUUCUAAAUUAUUCACAAGAUGCCUGCUUCUCCAAGUGCUACCAAUGUGGGAUCUGGAGGAAGAUCUCCAUCAAAAGCUGUAGCUCCUAGGUCUUCUGCAGGAAGUAGUGUGAGGCAAAGGAAAACUACAACCACAACGACCACAGCAAGAAGAAACACAGGUGCUGGUACUGGUGGUAUGUGGCGUUUUUAUACAGAUGAUUCUCCUGGUAUUAAAGUGGGCCCAGUUCCAGUUUUAGUAAUGUCUUUGUUAUUCAUUGCUUCAGUAUUUAUGUUACACAUCUGGGGAAAAUACAGCAGAAGCAGUUCAUAGAUGAUAAAUACUCAUCAUCAUUCCAUCUUCCACCUAUUUAAUGCAUUUUUUGAAUUGUACAUUUUAUAUUGUUAUAAGUAUAAAAGUCUUUUUGAUUUAUAUAUUUUGUAAAUUUAAUGAAAACUACAGACUUUGUAAAAUUUUAUUAUGAAACAUUUACAUACUUUUGUGUAGUUGUUACAUUUUGUAUUUAUUAUAGAAUUACACAUUAUUAUUUUCUGUUAUUUCUGGAAAAUUGAAAUAGAGCAAAAAAUGCAUUCAUACAAAAUUAAUUUACAACAAUGUACAUUCUGUUGUUUUUUCAUAAACAUAUAGAAUUAGGGUAUAUAAUAAAUAAGAUUUAUAUUUAAUAAAGGAUAUAUAUUUUAUUAUUCAAAAGUUUGUUUUCUAAGAUACAAAAUUGUGCAUUAAAGAAAACAGAUGUACUCAAAUGUUGCCUUUAUGAUUUUAAUCGCUCCAGUUUCUUCAAAAAUUUGAUACUGUAUUUGGAUCACACCAAAAUUGAGAUACAACUUAUCAAUGGUCUUCUUACAGAGAGCUAGUUCUAUAAUGAUUUGUCAUUGUAAGGUCGCUAAAGUGUCUUUUUUAUUUUAGGUUCUUAAAUGUCCCUUUUUUUGCAAAUUGGACCCCAAGUGAAUUUUGUAUCAAAGAUUGUAUGAUUUUAUUAUAUAUAUUUACCACAAUGCCGCAUACUUUUAAUUUGAGGAUCGUGCUGAGAACCACUUUUUUUUCAUUUAUUUAUGAUUGCCAGAUGGAAUUAAACAUAAAUUGUAUGAUUGGAAGUCCUCAUUUACUCAUCGUGUCAUUACAAAUAUAUGUGUUAGUAAACUUUUAACUAACACUUCUCUUGACCUCAAUUCCCAAGAUAAUGUGUGGAUAUCUUUAAUAGGGGUUGUAUAUACCAGUAUUAGACAGUUUCAAUCUGAAGCAGAAAUAAAGUCCACCGUCAUUGAAACCUGGGACUUGAUACUGCCCUCAGUAAUUGGUAAAUGAUAUUCCAAAUUAUACCCAAACUUUGUGAAUAUAUUGACUAUUAACGGUAUUUCUAUGGGACACUUUUCCUCUAUUUUUUGACACAUUCAAUUUUUUUCUGUCCACAUAGCAGGAAGUGAGUUAUUCCUUUUUCAUAAGUUUUUUGUACAGACUUUCUUAACAGGUUUGUUUCCCGAUUUGUUUUAUUUCCAGUUAUGACACACAAUCAAAGUGGUGAUUUUCCAAAAACACUUUAUAAUAAGGUAUGUGGAGUUAUAUAUCAAAAGAAGAGCAUUUUGAACUGAGUGAAAUGACAUCACUCCUAUCUUUAUAUAUAUGGUGAUUCCAAAUUGUCUGUUACGUUUUUUUGGUGGAAUUUGGGAACUUCAUGGCCAAAAUUUUUAAACCGUUUCGAGAUAUUUGAAAAAAAAAAUUUUCUCUAUCUCUAUGAGGACAACCUUCAUACCAAAUUUCGUUACAUUCUGGGGGGGUCGAGUUUAUACCCCGUGUUGAUUUGAUAUGGAGUGACCAUUGUAUUAACUCAAAUUUCAUGAAUAGUUUCUACAUCUUUUUAUUUUAAUUUGAAAAAAUAUAUAAAUUCACUCUAAGCAUACAUUUUUUUGAUUGCCUCACUGUAAUAUUGUUCAAUGGCUUUUCUCUUUAAUUUCAAAGUGGCUGUCACUAAUCCACUAUCUGGUGUCCAAACUUCUUUUACUAAUGUGAUCCUUUCUGGUAUUUCGAAUUUUUCUAGCAUCACUAAAAUCCGUAAUUGUUAAUGUUAAUUAAUAUAAAUUCAAUUAUAAGGAAAAAAAAUUAUCAAUCAAACAUAUUUACUGAUGAAUUAUAUAGAAUUAAAAAAAUGUAUAAUCAUUAGAUUGGUACAAAAAAAUGACUAUUUUUUAACGAUACUGUGAGAAUAUCAUUCAUAAUGAUAAAAAACAUUAUUAUUAAACUUUGAGUUGUUAAUAAAAAUAUUUAGGGGUGUAUCGUUACGACUAUUGAUUUGUCAACAGUAAUUGCAUUUUUUACUCAAAACUCUUCAAUCUUUUUUUGGCCCAGUCUAAUAAUCAUUAUUCAUUAUUGAAAAUUUCAACAAUUUGCGUUGUACAAAAGUGUGAAAAGUUGUCAAUGGCGUAAAUCAAAUUUGGCGCUUCCUAUAAAAUUGACACUGAUUCUCAUGUGGCGCCACCCUUAUUUAACACAUUCAAUGAACACUGUCUAUAUAUAAAAAUUGUAGUCAAUUUCCACCGGUAGCAUAAGAGUCAAAUAUAUAUCCACGAUUAAAAUAAUAUUCAGUGAAUAAACCAUAGUAACGGGUGGCGCAAAAAGAACGCAUGAAUUUGAGUUGAGUAGUGUGACUAGGAGGAGGGGUGGGGGCGGGUUGUUUUGUAGGUUAGGGCGUCCAGUUUUAGUAGCAAUAGCGCAGUGAACCGUGGAGCAUCGCGUUUUCGUUGUUGAAUAUUUCUUCAAAAGUAAUGAAUCUGUUAUUAAUGUUCAACGGCUUUUCGUUGGGUUGCCUCUUUUCGCACAACUGGAUCAGUUACGAAGGAAAAGUCGUCUGGUCGUGCUUGCACGGCGCGAACUCCACAAAAUGUCGACAUAGUUAGGGCGUCAGUUCGCCGCUCCACUAGGGUCCAAUGGACAAAGUCAUAAAUUGGAUAAUCUAAAUAUUUUAUUUAUCAGUGAAUCUAAAUGUUCUUGAUUUUAGGUCUCUUAUGUUUUAAAAUUAGUUUUUUUUGAUAACUUUUAAAAGAAAGAUAAUUUUAUUCAUGUGAGUCCAUUUUGUAUGUAAUCAAAAUAAAGCAAAUUAGUAUAUAAA